CCGAUUUGUGUCAAGCCGAUUCGGAUUUUGGGUCAUGCUCAGUACUCUUCAUCACUCCAACUGUGUCUCCGAAGGGCCGCGCUUUUUGGCGAUGUUUCCGAACGCAGUUCCGAUUCGAACUUCGGAGUGUUCCGUGUUGUUCAACGAUGGUUCCGAAGACGACGCCCUCUUAUCGUCAGUCGCGUCGCAAAGGAGGCUUCGUGCGAAUGUGUUUGCGCGCGUUCUCGGCGUAGCUGCCAUGUUUGUGUUGAUCUUCAACAGCAUCAGCGCGCCGUCGGCUCCAGCGGGAAUUCGUCAUCAUCGUUCUCUUUCGCUUGUGGAGAGUCCAGACAGUUUGCAGUGUGACUGUUAUAUGUUCACGCAUGUGAAUAAGGCAAGCCAGCUUCCUAAAAUCCUGGAGUACUCUCUUGAUGCACUCGUUGAUGGCGAGAAGAAAGGCAUUCUUGUCAUGCGUGUUAUGGAUGAAAGAUUUGUUCAAGACGUAUGUUAAUUAUGUCAUCGAUCAGGCGAAAGACAUGGAUGCGCAACGGCCGGCACAACUGAUUGAUCUCCACGACACGGUCGAAACGCACAUGAAGGCAGCCAAUGCAAAACUAGGGUUGCUCGGAAGGGUUCGCAUUCUGACCCCGUUCGGUUUCAACGAACCGUUCAGCGACAUCAGGUCCAGGCGCGGCGAAGACGAGUUCUUGAAGUGGUUCUCUGCAUCGAGCUAUGACGCGCCCAAAUUGGUGGACGCACUGCUUCGGCUGCGCGCCUUUGGAAACGAUGUGCCCGUGUUCCGCUUCGAUAUCGACGUCCUGUUCAACAAGUGCACCAUGGAGAAUAUGACCAUGAUCACUGCGGCCGUCGAGCAAGGGAUCAAGGACUUCAAGGCCUGCGCGAGCGACCCCCUCGUGCAGUCGUUCAUGGUCAGCCAGCAGUGCAGGGCCGUCCCUGCCGCGCGCAGCCACGACGCCCAGGCGUGGCUCGAGGCCUACUCCGCGCGAGCCACGCCGGCGAUGCUUGCCACGCCAGGCACCAUCAACGCCGCGCAGUGGAGCGACGACGGCGGCUGGCCCUCGGAGCCCUACGUCCCGAGCGGUGACGUCCUGCAGCAGGCGACGAACGAGACGGUCAUGAUGUCGUUCUAUGGGCUGCAGAAGGUGAGCGGGCAGGCGAUCCUGCAGCCCACCACGCCAAGCAGCGAUGACGAUGCGGCGGAGCGUGCAAGCGCAGACAUCUGGAGUCAAGGCAAUGCCUACAUUGGCGCGAACCCAUCGCGCGCCGUGAUUUCUGGAGCGGGCCUCGCUGUUGGACCUAGCGCGAGCGUUGACAUCCUCAUUCCUCCGCGCGAGUCCGAACAUCGCGUGGAUCGGCGGCCACGUUUUCGACAGGGUUGCGCAGGGACUUUCCGGGCGCCCAGAGGCGCCCGAGGCCUGCUGGAGUUGGCGCGGCAAGGGUAAUUAAGGCAAGGGGGGCGCCGACGCAUAUCGCCAAGUAUACCUUCGAGAUCGACAUGCCGACGUUUGUAUAUGGUAUGGUGAUGGGCGCUUGUAUCAACAAUCGCAGUGCUAGUUAUUUGUUGAAGUAUGCGUUGGCAGACACCCCAAAGACCGAUGCGCUCGAAAAGGCGCAUGCCGAUAUCACGUCGCCAGAGCCGGGGGGGGGCGUAUGCGCAAGCGAUUGAGCGGGUGCGCGACGCUGGCUUGAUGCUGUCGCAAGCGGAGAAGGAGACGCUCGCGAACGAUCUGUGGAGGUCUGCCAUGGAGCGCGCCAAGGACGUCUACUGGCAGUGGGGCCACCUGCCGCGGCCUUCCGUGGACGGGGCGCACGUUGGGAAGGGGGGGGAAGCGACGCCGACACCGCCGGGGGGGCCACCUCCAGCGAGGAGGUCCACGAGGCCGCCCCGCGCGGGAGGCUGGGGGUGUCUCGAACGAGAGUGGGGAGCCACGCCGCCAGGGAGACCCCCGUUGCUCCUCGCAUCUCCUCGCCCUGGUGGCGCUGGCGUCGCCGUUCGUUGUUCCUGCAGGUCGCCACCUUCGCGGCUCCGUGGGGCGCCGGCCGUGUCUGCAGCCGCCCAGGCCUCAACAUGCACUCCAGAUUUCGUAAUGAAAGGGAGGGGGUCUGGACCCUCCAAGACAAGCC